AUGGACUUCGUCAACAAAUUAACCAGCGGCAACAGCCAGGGCCACCAUAACGAGCAAUCGUCCUCAACCGACCACAAGAAAGAAAGCGGAGGAUUCCUCUCCAGCAUUAGCGACAAGCUCACCCAUGCUGCCGGCGGCGGCAGGGAAAGCGAGAAAAAUGAAGAUAUGCUUGAUAAGGGGGUCGACUUCGUCCAGGAACACGUCCUGGGCAAAGGUCCACAGGACAACGAGAGCGCGAUAGAGCAGGCUAAGGACGAGAAGAUCUCGGACUUUAUUCGUGAACAAUAUAAGAAUAAGACUGGAAAGGAGUUUCCCGUCAAGGAUAAGGAGACGCGGCUUGGCUGA